AUGGCAAAAGGUUUAAUCGCAAUGUCUGUGCACGGCCUCGUCGUCGUAGGGGUGGUCGCCCUAGCGCUCUGGGCUACCGGCGCGAGCGCGAGCGCAGCGCGGUACGACAUCGCGACGCCCUUCACACCACCCGCUACAAAAUAUAAAUAUAUACCGCUUCAUUCCACUUAUACUAAAGAAGAAUCAAAUCCCGAAAUUGAUGACGUUGAAGAAGAUACGUCAAGUUCAGGCAUGUCAACGUCGGAGCUGAUUCUCAAUGUCUUCCGAACCGCUCUUGAUGUCGUAAGAAAAAUUAACAAAAAUCGGUCCAGAUCAUCUUUGCCGGCCAGCAGCACAAAUAGCACAGCAGUUCAGUUGAGACGAAAUGGUAAGAAUGCGACAAGCGGCAUUGGACGAGGAUUUGAGGAUUACUACGAUGAGCAUCACGACCAUGAUGAUGACCAUGACCACACAACCACCGCCAAGCCAGUGAAACAGGGCAGAUACACCGACCCAUGGGCAGGGUACUAUGACUGGAUCAUUAACGAGGGCUCUUUCAAAUUUUGGAGUGUAUUCCAGCUAUUCACUGCUGCCUUGCUACUGUACGCGUGUCUGUCGGCUAUUUACUACGCGAAAUUCAACCCUAUUCUGCCCGACUACAGCAUGGAAUACGAUGACUAUUUCCUAGAACGUACCGUCGGCAGGAACGCUAGGAGCAUUGAGCCUUCAGAGACCCCGUCAGGACUCACUUGGAUCAACCCUACUACUUUCCAGUUCAUUUUAGAUGCCAUCUCACAGCACUACUUAGAACAA